UCUCCAUCCCCUCCACAGUCGUCCUCGAGUCUCUUCAAACAUAAUGGCCUUCGUCCCGCCUCGAAUGCCACCGCGUCCAUUUGCGCCACCUCCUCCAAAGGUAUCCCCGUCUAUACCACCUCCGCCGAAUCGCCGGAGCCCCCCACCACCCUCACCUUCGAAGCAAACACCACCUCCACCACCUCGCCGCAGACCCCCGCCACCCCCACCUCCGAAGAAAGCGCCACCACCACCGCCAAGAAGGAUGGCCCCGCCUCCGGCACCCGUCCGCCCUCCACCACUGGUGCCGCCGCCACCGAGCCCGAACCACACCGUGAUCAUCGUCGUGUUCGUCUCCCUCGGCGGCCUUCUCCUCCUCGCAUGCCUCGCGGCGGCACUGUUUUGCUGCAUCAAGAAGAGAAAGAAGAAGAUGGCGUUCGCCGUGGACGUGGCGGACCGUGUGCAUGUCCACGAGACUGUCGUUCCAGGACCCCAUGGCCAACAACUGGCGACCCGGUCGAUCGACGAAGAUGUCAAAGUUCAUGAGGUGUUCAAGAAGGGCGCGGUGACCGGUGAAGCUUCACUUAGUGAGCCUGCAUCGGGGAAACAACGCUCGAGCAGCACGAUCGGCGGCGCUGGCGCUCCUGUGACGGGUCGCCACCACCUUCUCUGGCACAAAGGAGGAGACAUCGUCGUGGAAGUAACUACCGAUAGCAGCACCGAGCCUCUAUUGCCUAGCAGAGCAUCGUAUGCACACAACCUCUCCUGCGCUAACAAUGAGCUCAAGAACUUGGUCUUGCCUCAGUCCGCCAGAUCCUCCAGAGGUGCCCCCGCCGCCCGCUCCCGCGGAUCCCCCGCCAGCCCCCCCACCUCCGGUGCAAGAACCGCCAACCCCACCACCAGAGCCAGCGCCACAAUUGCCGCCAACCCCACCGCCAGGAGUGCCACCUACGCCUAUCAGUCCUGCACCACUGGUACUGCCGCCAGCAGGAAGGCAAAGAAGAAGAUGGCCGCCAAAAGACAAGCUGUGGAUGUCCACCAGGCUGCAGUUCGAGGACCCCAUCGCCAACAACCGGCAGCCCCGACGGCGAUCGACGACGAUAACGAAAUCCAUGAGCUGAUGGAGGAGGGCCGGGUGAUCGAAUCUCCUACCCGAUGCGGCCCUUCUUCUUCUGCCAACUCUCGAUCGAUACUACAAAUACCCACACACUCCAUCCUCUCUCUCCAUCCCCUCCACAGUUGUCCUCGAGUCUCUUCAAACAUAAUGGCCUUCGUCCCGCCUCGAAUGCCACCGCGUCCAUUUGCGCCACCUCCUCCAAAGGUAUCCCCGUCUAUGCCACCGCCGCCGAAUCGCCAGAGCCCCCCACCUCCCUCACCUUCGAAGCAAACACCACCUCCACCACCUCGCCGCAGACCCCCGCCACCCCCACCUCCGAAGAAAGCGCCACCGCCACCACCUCGCCGCAGCCCCCCGCCACCCCCACCUCCGAAGCAAGCGCCACCACCACCGCCAAGAAGGAUUGCCCCGCCUCCGCCGAAGCUGCCACCGCCACCACCUCGCCGCAGCCCCCCGCCACCCCCACCUCCGAAGCAAGCGCCACCACCACCGCCAAGAAGGAUUGCCCCGCCUCCGCCGAAGCUGCCACCGCUACAGCCUCCUCCGGCACCGGUCCGCCCUCCACCACUGGUGCCGCCGCCACCGAGCCCGAACCACACCGUCAUCAUCGUCGUGUUCGUCUCCCUCGGCGGCCUUCUCCUCCUCGCAUGCCUCGCGGCGGCACUGUUUUGCUGCAUCAAGAAGAGAAAGAAGAAGAUGGCCGCCAAAAGCGAAGACGUGGACGUGGCGGACCGUGUGCAUGUCCACGAGACUGUCGUUCCAGGGCCCCAUGGCCAACAACUGGCGACCCGGUCGAUCGACGAAGGUAUCAAAGUCCAUGAGGUGAUCAAGAAGGGCGCGGUGACCGGUGAAGCUUCACUUAGUGAGCCUGCAUCGGGGAAACAACGUUCGAGCAGCAGGACCGGCGGCGCUGGCCCUUCUGUGACCAGUGACCGCCACUUUCUUGAGCACAAAGGCUAGCAGACAACAGAAAUGGUCGCCAGAGCUCUCAGAAAGAUGCAUGAUUCUUGAACGAGUGUGGUUAUUCGAUUGCGUGCCUGUUUAUACUUCUUACCAUUCAUCGUCACCUACCGUGUGUAUUGUGAUCAUUCAAGAGCUGUAUUCGUUUGCAAAUAAGUAAUACGUUCCCUGUAUUCAAUUUGGAUGAAUUCUACA